GAUAUCGCAUGGGGAUUCUGAACUCUCGAGCUGGUAGCGGUGUGGGUGAUGUACAAAAUCAAUUAUCUUCACCAAAAUAUGCAUUGAGUCGAUAAGUCAAAGAUGUCUUUGACUCAAGUCUCUCCUCUACUUCAGCGGGCAAGUUACAGUUGCUUUGUGUUGCCAAGGGCAUCCUGUACUCCUCCACUGUCCCACCUGCAGCACCGGUCUUUGCAGGCAACAACUUCAAACACCUUAUGCAGGGACAAUGCUACCACAAAUCCCGGUCAGUCAAGAACCUAUGCAACACAUGCCACGGGACAGGACCAGAACUACGACUUUCCAAAGUCCAUGGUGAAAAAUGAAACAGGGAUGUAUGCCGAUGAUGUGGUGCAGAUGGUCGGGAAGCACAGGAAGAGGUAUACGAGUGUUUAUGUGUGGGGUUUCACGUACACCGGAGCACUAGGUGUCCCAUCCUACUUCUUCCCAAGCCAUGGCAAGAAUCCCAUCAGGAAACCAAAGAAGUUUCAGGCUAUCCCUUACAAGCUCAAGUUCAAUGAGAAGAUCACGACAGCAUCUUGUGGAUAUGGGUUUUCACUGAUUGGCAGCCAUACACAGGAUACCAGUAAGGUCUGGGGGAUGGGCAUCAAUACAAACUCCCAGAUUGGAUAUCAUCCCAAAGCUAUGACAAGUGUUGAGGGAAUGCAUACCAUCAUAUCACCAACUGAAAUCACACUACCUCUGAAGAAGCCACGGAAGACAAGAGUUUCUCAGGUAUCCUGUGGCAGAUCUCACUCCCUUAUCCUUACAGAUGAAGAAGGUGUAUACAGUCUUGGCAAUAAUUCUCAUGGUCAGUGUGGAAGGCCUAUUAUACCCCAUGAAGAUUAUAGUUCUAAUAAAGUCAUCCAUAAGAUUGAAGGAAUAGAUGGUAAAAUAAAACAGGUGUGUUGUGGUCAUGAUCAUAGUCUGUUUCUGACUGAAGAUGGGCAUGUAUACAGUUGUGGAUGGGGAGCUGAUGGCCAAACAGGUCUCGGGCAUUAUGAGGACACUAGUACCCCACAAAGACUAGAAGGAGAUAUAAAGGAUGAACAUAUUACUCAAAUCAAUACCCUUGCAGAUUGCUGUCUUGCCAUUUCAGAUAAAGGAGAAUUGUUUGGAUGGGGGAACUCCGAGUACAAUCAACUCAAAUGCGUGACAGAAGAUACCCAAGUCUAUGUACCUAGGCAUCUACCAUUCAAAGGAAUAGGGAAGAUUACCAGUGCUGCCACGGGAGGGACGAUAUGUGCCUUAACAAAUGAAUCUGGAGAGGUAUGGGUUUGGGGCUAUGGCUUUUUAGGUAGAGGCCCCAAGUUAACAGACACGGCUGUUCCUGAGUGUAUAGACAUGUCUUUAUUUGGUAAAUCACGCAUGAAGACGGAUGUAGCCGUGACCAAGGUCUGGUGUGGUCUUCACUACUUUGCUGCAGUCACAAAUAAAGGUGACCUGUAUACAUGGGGAACCAAUGGAUCGGGAUGUCUCGGUCUUGGUCAGCUCCACAGCCAGUACUUUCCUCUCAAAGUCUCUCUCCCUGGUCAAGUCACCCACAUGGCUUGUUCGGUGGAUCACAGUAUAGCACUUGUCACAAAGGACAUCUGAUAUCAACUGCCCAUGCUGGAAUGAUCCUUGGCUCCAUGGCAAAGCAAUUGAUUACAUGUCGUCACCUCGCUGUCAGAAGGGCGUUAGGAUUAAUGCUUACGUCAAUUUCCAUUCAUGCAGGUCAGGCAGAAGGUCAUUAACUAUCUCGCAUACUGUACAGGUAUAUUUUGUGUACAUUUCGUGCAAUUGAGUUAAUGCCCUUUUGCCAGCUGCACAGGAAUUGAGAAUAGGCAAUCAUGUGGAUCCAUCCUCUCCACUCU